CCCUUUCAUCUUGACGAUAAGGAAUGGCCGUGCUAGUUUCCAGCCUCCCCAACGCCUCUCGCAAAUAAGGCCUUUCAACUUGUUUCGCAAUACCAGAGAAAGGAAGGAUAAAACACUCUACAGUCCUCUUUUAUACUACUUUGCUGUGUCUCUUUGUUUCUUUACUCACUCAACCCUUAACACACACAUUCACUAAACUAGCAGGAUUUUUUUUUCUUGGUGACAUCUACAGCUGCCGUUUUAAGGACACAAGCACUCAAGUUUCCAAACCAAAAGGAGAUUCUUUUUUUUUUUUUCGCCCGGCUUCGGUCUUUUGGAAUAUCUACUCAUGCAGUGUCCCUAUGGGGGAUUAAACCAGUACAGGAAUCCACACUGACUUCACUUUGGCCCUGUUAGAUCUUGUUAAGGUGGUUUUUCAGCGAGGUCUGUGACUGGAGGUGGACUGAGCCAUCAUGGCUGGGAAGGGCAACCCAUUGCCGGGCCCCCACCUCAACGGCUUUCCCAUGCCCACCUACUCCUACUUUUUCCCCCAUAUGUUGGGGAGCCUGUCGCCUCCAGCUCUGGCAGGACUGCCCAUAAGUGGGUACAGCACCCCCUCACCAGCCACGAUAGAGACCCAGAGUACCAGCUCAGAGGAGAUAGUGCCCAGCCCGCCUUCACCUCCCCCGCCACCCCGCGUCUACAAGCCCUGCUUUGUGUGCCAGGACAAGUCCUCAGGGUACCACUAUGGUGUCAGCGCCUGUGAGGGCUGCAAGGGCUUCUUUCGGAGAAGCAUCCAGAAGAACAUGGUGUAUACUUGUCACCGGGAGAAGAACUGCAUCAUCAACAAAGUAACCCGCAACCGCUGCCAGUACUGUCGGCUGCAGAAGUGCCUGGAAGUCGGGAUGUCCAAGGAAUCAGUGAGGAACGACCGGAACAAGAAGAAAAAGGAUGACAGCAAGAAGCAGGAGUGCACAGAGAGCUACGUGCUGAGUCCCGACACAGAGCGAAUGAUCGACAGGGUUCGCAAGGCACACCAGGAAACGUUCCCCUCUCUCUGCCAGCUGGGCAAAUACACUACGAGUAACAGCUCAGAACGACGUGUAUCCUUGGAUGUAGACCUGUGGGACAAGUUCAGUGAACUCUCCACCAAGUGCAUCAUAAAGACAGUGGAGUUUGCUAAACAGCUGCCCGGCUUCACAACGCUUACCAUCGCCGACCAGAUCACUCUGCUCAAAGCUGCCUGUCUGGACAUCCUGAUACUCCGGAUAUGUACACGCUACACUCCAGAGCAAGACACCAUGACUUUCUCAGAUGGACUCACGCUAAACCGAACCCAGAUGCACAAUGCCGGCUUCGGCCCACUUACCGACCUGGUUUUCGCCUUUGCCAACCAGCUCCUUCCUCUAGAGAUGGAUGAUGCAGAGACAGGGCUGCUCAGCGCCAUCUGUUUGCUGUGUGGAGAUCGUCAGGAUUUGGAACAGGCAGAGAAGGUGGACGUCCUGCAGGAGCCCCUCCUGGAGGCGUUGAAGAUUUACGUAAGGAGGAGGAGGCCCCACAAACCACACAUGUUCCCCAAGAUGCUGAUGAAGAUCACUGAUCUGAGAAGCAUCAGUGCUAAAGGAGCUGAGCGUGUCAUCACCCUGAAGAUGGAGAUCCCCGGCUCCAUGCCCCCUCUCAUCCAGGAGAUGCUGGAGAACUCAGAAGGUCUGGAAAGCGGAGCCGCAGGCGGCCGGCCCAGUGGUGCCCCCCCAGGCAGCUGCAGCCCCAGUCUGUCCCCUAGCUCUGCCCAAAGCAGUCCAGCCACACAAUCGCCGUAGUAGCAACGGCCCACCUUUUUAUUAUUCACACGAUGCUCUCUGUCUCCUCCCACAACGCUCUAAAGAGGAGGGGCGAAGGUGGGGGGGGGCCUUGACCCUGAAUGCUGAACACAGGAGACUGGCAGAGCCAACCUCCUUCUCUCCUACGACACAAAUCCCCAGCUCCUGAUCUGCUUUCCCUCACUCUGGAGCAGCGUCCUGAUGUGAGGGGAGGUAAGGCCGGGGCAGGCCGGGGCAACAGGAUGCCUCUGAGAGAACACACCGUAAACACUGCUGAUGACUCCUCCUCCGUCUCCCUCCACUCUCCCCUCCACUGCUGCUCCUCCCCUCUCCAUCUUUCUCCAAAAGACUAAUGGAAACCAAUCUGGAUGCAGUGGCGACCAGUUUCGAAUGGAACCGAGAGUGCGUGGGGCACCGUGGGACAAAUGUAUGAUCAAGGACAAUGCAUAAAGACUGACUUGACAAACACCAGACACUUUUUUUGUUGUACUCUGAGGCAGACUGCAAGUUUGGGACUUGUCAAAAGACCCCCCUCCUCCCCCCCCUCCUCAAAGACUCUGGGUCUUUUCUCUUUUUCCAACUUCAAAAAAACAGAUUUCGUACAAAAGAUAUAUAAAUAUAUAUAGAAAAAGUAAGAACUAUUGUAAUUGACAUGUCCAGAACAGAAUGGCAGGUUGAAACGAGGACAUGUUUUCUGAGAUUAGAAAUUGUUGUACUCCCUCACUGUUUGAAUCUUUUCAUACCCAUCGAGAGUAUUGAGAGAGACCUUUCAGUUUGAUCACAUUUGUACAUUAUUCUAAUUAACAAAAGGCAGAAUGUUGAAAUUUAUCUCCAGUCUACACAUGCAAACACACAACAACACAUGCACACACACAUACACACACAAAUGUGCACAGAAAACAAUUCGCAAUGAAUAUCACCUACUAUUCCAGGUUGGAUUUGUUUCCUUUUUUCUUUCUUUUUUUUUUUUUUUCCAAAAGAAUGGAAAAAAAUUAUUGUAUGAGCUUGGUUGUAUGAUAUGGUCACAGGUCCUUUCAAGAAACAAAUUAAUGAAGAUUCAUUAUUAAGGUGUAUUUUAAGUAGCCUUUAAGUUUGUGUAUAUAAGCUGUAUUCAUUUCUUUUAAAACUAUGAAGAGUUUUAGGCUUCACCUGAUUUUUUUUUUUUUUAAGAAUACCUUUUAUGUGUUUUGUUUAUAGGUUUGUGAUGCAAGAAAAGACAUUUUGAGCACAUUUUACUGAAGGAAGUUCUUUCAUGUUUUGUGUCCUACUAAAUACUGGACAGACCCUUAACCAAUCACUGGCUGUUCAGAAUGUGGUUUUCACAGACAAGUUCAACCUCCCCCUCCCCCCCCCCCAGCAUAGCUUUUUUUGGCCAUGUAGCAGAAAGAGAUGGUGUUUCUGAAAAUGGUAAGCCAGAUGCCACUUGUAGCCUGCCAGGUUCAAGUGAGCCACAGCAGCUCAGCUUCAAAGAGAGUUAAAAUGUGAAGAAUGGUGUACAUACACACUGUAGUAAAACACAAGUGAUUCUCAGUAGUCUCUGAAUGGAUCACUAAUCUGUAGUGGAUGGGAAAAGACUAGAUUGUAGUGAUACCUCUGCUGUGUCAGUUGUCAGGCAAGUGAAGGUCUCAAAUGUGAUGUCUGUCAACUAUGUCCUCACAAAAUCUCCCCCUGACAACCUGUGGUAGAAAUGAUUAUGUGACUUUUUGCCGGACCCAGAGCAACCUCACACCCUGUGACUCACUUUACGCCAAAACGCCUUCACCGUUAACACACACACAUUUCAUCUAGACCAUCGUUACUGUAUGUACACACGCCAAUGUCUCAGGAAGGAAUCAUUUUGUGUGCUUGGGCUGUUCUAUGUUCUGUUCUGCACCCCCUAACCCUCCUAUCACAGAUGCACACAUACACCCACUUCUGCUACUGAGCCCCUGAAUCUUUCUUCAGUCACUCAUUUUUGUUCGGCCUGGCAGACCAGGACUUGUGCAGAGAGACACUUAACCUGACCCCGCAACGUUCCGACAUAGGAUGCCAGUGUGGAGUCUCUCCGAGUCGUUCAUGUGUUCUUUUUAUUUGUACGGUCAAAGCUGCUUUCAUCAUUUAGGACUUCACCUGUCCGGAACAGCGCACAACUUUUCCCUCCACAGCUAAUCUGGAAUAGCAACAGACACACCGUCAGUUUGAGAAAUAUGGAAUAUGUUGCAAUUUUGUCAAGAUUAUCAAGUGACUUUGGAAAAAACAAAACAUAAAAAAAGAUUAAAAAAAUAAAACCAA